CGUGAUCGUUCUGCUUCGUCGUUGCCUUGCCUUGCCUUUGUCCUCAUCUUCUUUAGAUCCGACUGCACCCUGAGCUUCCUGAGUGGUAUGGAUAACAAUAACUGGAGGCCUGCUCAAGGCGGCGGUGAACCGACCAUGGAUACGGGUGAUUGGAGGACUCAACUGCAACCUGAAUAUCGCAGAGGAUGGUCAACAAGAUUCGCUGUCCUCUCUUUUUGGGUUUAUAGGUCUUUCUCGCAUCCUUAA